AGCGGCCAGUAAAGGCCAUACGGGAAAAUAUGCAUCUCUGACAUAAUAAUGCGUCCACCUCUAAUUUACUACCAGGAUAACAUGGAAUUAAAGUUGUAACUUAUGUUCUAUACUAAGGACAGUAGUAAUUUAGAAGAAUGCGGAGGUGGUAAGAUGAAUGGGACUUUAUUUAGUUACUGGAGUUGAGAUGGAUUUAACAAACUGGUGGAAAGGAACCAAAACAAAAUAGCCAUUUCAGUGUUAGAGCGACGGAAAACACCAGAAAACAAACCGGACACAAGAUUCUAGAAAGAGCUAUGACCUUCUCUGGGGAAAAAAGAAGAGAGCCAUACUUUACAUAGAUAAGGUGCAAGUAAAUGUACAUAAUAGUAUAAAUGAACCAUAUUAAGGAAAAAUUAUCGACUAUUGAGCUGAAUUAAAUCUAAAAGAUUGUGGCUCCUCUAGUUACCAGGAGGCUUCUUCCACGCACCCAACAACAAAGGAAGCUUCAUCUGUUUUCAUCCAAAGUAACCCAAUCUAGUUUCCGUUUGUAGCCCGGUUUUCCAAUCAGCAAAAACAUGAAAGUAAUUCCUGGGGUUACCGAUGUCUGCAUUUCGCACUUGGACACAGCGCUUCACCAGUACACCCCGUUGUGGUCACUACUUCAGAAUGUCAGUCUUUCUGGGCACGUCUGUUCUGAAGUGACUAGACAAAAGUUGCACCUAAAAAUCCAUUUAAAGCUUCUUUUUUUCCCCCAGAGAAAACUGCUGGCCAUCUGCUAAAGAGAAGCAAAUGACUGUCCCUCUGCAAAUUGGAUCAGUUUACUCAAAUGUCCAAGUGGUUUACAUACAUCAGUAGUAUGUCACUGGUCCAGCUGGUUAUCGUACCUGUCAGACUAGAAUUACACUAUUUACUCGCUAUCAGACAUGCAUUUGUAGUUCAGUUUGAUUUCAGUAAUUUUAAUGCAUGCAUGUGAGUCAGUAGAAACAGAGAAAUACUUGUAUACACUAUUCUGCAUCGCUGUCUGGUUGCAGAGGUUGGAAGAUGAACGGGCACCUAUGUAGUGUGUGGGUAGACUGACUUGAGCGGAGAGUUUCACACAGCAAUGCAGGCGGAGAGUGUGAUGAGCAGUGUGAAAGCCUCACUGUCAUACUGCAUUUUUAUUUUUAAUACACCCAUGUCAUCUUGCUCCUUCCCGAAACAAAACAAGGAAGCUGCCUGUCAUUUUCCAACAAUGAAGCGUCGCACACGCCAAAUUUGGCCUUGGAGUCAAGUUCAAAGUUCAUGCAACUUGACACAUAAAUCACGUGAAGCUGUUAGGGUGUAGAUUAACGCGAUAAUCUCUGACAUGUCUCAUUUACGUCAAUGACCAUCAGUAACUGAAAUGCACACAAUACCUAAGAAUGACAAUGGCAAACCCAGAUGCUUGCAUGGAUGGAACGAUGCCGUUUCUGGGCGAAGGGAAAGCAGGGCUGAUCACCUUAGUACAGGAAAAUGUAAGAUCCUGCUUGAUCAUGGAAAAAAGGUACAUAUACAGGCCGACAGAGAAACUAACACCUUGUUAUAGCCUAAAUGUUUAAUGUAGAUAAUAUGUUAAACAGGUGGUGGAGCGGCGUGGUGACCAGCACUGUUGGGUCCUACCUGAAAUCUCACCCCUGCUGUGUGCGUGUGUGUGUGUUUUCCUCAUGUUUGUGUGGGGUUUUCCCUUUCCUUGUUGCCUGGGAUUUGCUGCAGUCCCGCCCCCUCAACCCUGUCUGAGAAAGCACCUGGGAGAUGGACGAUGCAUUAAACUCUAAAUAAGAGCACACAAAAACAUCUAAAUAAAUUAUAUACGCUUUAAGAUUACCAUAGUAUAUUUUCGGUUGCUGCGUACACUUUAUUUGUGGCUCCAUGUCAAAAUUCAAAUUUUAUUUUGUUAAAGAUAACUGUCAUAUUGUUAAGUAUAACUUAAUGCAUGGUAAUGCGGGACAGUUUUUUUAAACAGGAAUACAAAAUUAAGCAUUUAUACAAUACAGCGAACUCAGACCAAUUCGUAUAUAACUCAAGGCCAACAAUUGCAUUUUUGCCAAAACAUAAGUUUGCUGAUACGAAUGGCUUUGGCCAUGUAGAGAGUACUUUCCAGAAUAUCCCGUUUAAGUGUGGUGUAAGAACGUCGAAUGGGACUGAGCACUUGUCCUUUCUUAAAGGCUACGACACAAAAAUGAGAAAAGCGGUUAUUAGUGCGUGACUUAAUUCCUACUCCUGAGAUAUAUAAACGCAACAUCGAAAGCGAAACGAGCCGCCGACUUUCCUGCGGAUCUUGCAGCGUCUGAGCCGCUCUGCAGCUGAAUGCUUCUGAUCGUCACGUGUGUUUAAAGAAAACAGAAAGAGCGAUUUCCUCACAGGACGCCCCACCUAAUGGCACGGUGCCUUUGCAGCUGUGUGACGGACAAUGCACAGCUUGUGGUAAGAGUAGUGCUUCGUUACAGUAAAGCAUCGGUUAACUUUGGGAUGGGACCUGACAAUUUCGAUGACCUUUUGUAACUAACUUAUAUCGAAGCACUUCUGUAAAAUAAGAUAAUCAUUAUGGAUCCCCAUCAUCAACUGACUUAAGACGGAUAGCCUAUUCUUAGACUGAUUUUAUCUUCAUUAGAUUGCCACAAUAUCGGAGUAUUAUAUUUAAAGACUAUUGCCAUACACCAUGAUCAUGUUACAGAUGAACUUAACUGAUAAAGUAGCAAUGAACAUGCUGUUUUUUCUAUGUAUGGAAUUCGAUUUCUUGUAUUACAGCGCAUUUCCAGUCAUUCAUGUGAAUUUAUAAUACCUUUUUCCUUGUUCAGUUUCGCACUAUAAAAAGUACAGAAUCCCGAAAAAUCGGUACGGUUGACAGACGCCUACAGUGGGCGUGACGAACAAAUAGUUCCCACCUCCUGCUGGUUCCCGAUUGGUCAGAUCACAUCCCCAGCGUUCUUUGAGUGCAGCGAUCGGAGCGGUUUUGUGUAGUGACGUCAUGCUCGCCGCAGAAGGCGUAGACUCAAGUUACACCGCCCAGGGUUUUACUGUGGAUCUCAGUCUCCUGAAACGUGUAACCACCCGCGGUAGGGUGGAUUUUAUUUUCCAAAUAUGCCAGUAAUUUGCAUUUGUAAAUGCACUGCGGCCGUAGAAUAUGCAGUCAGUUUUGUACAUGAAAACUGCAAAUCAUGUGAUGAACUAUAAUAAUAAAAUAUAAGAUGCAUUAUUAUGCAAAUAUGUUUACAUAUUACAUAUUUGGAACAAGUAAAGCAUCAAUAUCUCGACUAUUGUGGGACUAAUUCGCACCUUGUUCUGAAAAAAUUACAUAAACAUCCCAGAACAGGUAAAUACAAAGGCAAAUGUAAUAGCAUCAAAAUUUGAGAUAAGUAGCUAUCCAGAAUAUAACAUCCUCGUAAUACAUAAUUUCUGGGGGAAAAUACUUAUACAUGAGAUACUGUAACGGUAAAGUAUUACCGGAUCCUUUAUCGUAAAAACCCAAUGCAUCCUAUUAAAUAUGUAAGUGUAACUACAGCUGGUAAGAUUAUGAAAUUAAAAAAUUAUGACCUCCAUCGUGAAGCUGCAUUAAUUUGGUAUCGCUUUUACAGCUCGGUUACGUCAUCGCUAUGUGACCGCCGACACCGGGCCUUAAAUUUCUCUUGGACGCCAUAAAACCGGCAGUAACUUCAGUGCGCGGUGCAGUAAACAAAGCCGGCGUCGGACCUCGUAUUAUUUACGGCCGACAGAAGAGAUCUGACGCGUGUUUGCGCCGUACGGGCUGAAUUCAGAUUUAUGGCGAAAGCGGGUACGAGCAACACAUAAUUAAAAGUUACGCCGAGGCCGCGGCGACGCUCAGCGAGAGCUUAGAGCCGAGUCUCCGGGAGUGGGAAGGCAAACUUUGAACAAGGGAAGCCGCAUGACACACCGGCAAUCCGCGCACGCUGUUUAAACUGACCCGUUUGUGGGAGAAAAAUCCCGGAGAAGGACAGAAGACGGGCGGCCGACUCUGAUGUAGGAGCCUUACCUUGGUGCUUUAAAAAUUGGUAACUUUUUUGUCCCUGCCGCCGGUGCUGCGAGUGCACCCACGUCGGGGCCUCGGGAAGGGGCGAACGGUGGCACGGAGAUUAGCCCGCGGCGGGACCCGGGCGACCUUAGCAUCAGCAGUGGGACGGCAGCUUGCGCACCGGAGUAGAGACCCCGAAAAGCGGAAGCCGAGCGGAUCUGAGCCGAAUUUUUAUUGCGACUGAAAGUUGAGCGGCGCCUGGCGGACCGAGCGCUCCCGUCCGCCGGCCACACCCUCCUCUUCUUCCUGAUACGGGGAGAUGCGGCCGGGGCGCUCCCGAGCGAGCGGAACACGACUUCUGCCCUGAAGGGAGGACGGGAGAGCAGGGGACGGGGAAUUGCAGCGGAGACGACGGGGAUGCGGCCGUAAGAUGGAUAUCAAAAGCGAAAGCCGGCGGCUCGCUUUCUGCUGAGGACGCCAGAUAUGCAUGCGGGGCCGUGCGCGAAGAAGAAGAGGCCGAAGGGCCACAGGGCACCCUGCUGCCCGGCCGCGGGCUUCUGUCUGGGCAGGUCGCUGGGAUGACGACGUGGGGAAAGGCGCGGCCGAUCGGAGCUCCGCUGGUGGCCGGGGAUCGAGGGGCACGAAGCGGGCCGCCCCCUCCCCGGGCCGCACGGAUUAACCCCGCCGGCAAGUCUCGGAGCAGGUGUCUCUGAUGCAGCAGGCAAGGAGUCAACGCAAAGGACUGUCAUUUUUAAACCAAAACCCUUUUAGGAGCAAUUCCAAGAGACUUUUUACAGUACAUAUAUAUUUUUGUCCACCAGAUAAUAGUUCUAAAAUAUUUUUGUCAAAUUAAUUUGCCCGAAUUAAGGCAUUCUAGAGGCACUGUAUUUUUUCUUACUGUUCAGACCAUUAUACCGAGGAUAUUACUACAUCUGAUUAAUACAAGUUGAACCCGCCUAGUUCUAUUUAGUAAAUAGGAGCUAAGUGGUCGUUUAAGGGGGCAGCCAGUGACAUUAACACCAAGGGCAUUCAAACAAGUACAUGUACCCUGUCUUGAAGUAAAAUUGUAGCAAGCUAAAUGGUAUUACCUAAAGGGAUUUAUUUUAGUUACGUCUUGUUAUAAUUGUUUGACAAAACAUUUCCUAACUGUAAAAGAGUGACUUACAAAAUAGAAAUCUGUUAAGUAUCCCCUCCACCACUCAGAUAAGCUUUGCCUUCUCUUGGGGAAAUCCCACUUGUGGCAAACAGGCUUAUUGACUUUGAAAUAUUAUAAUACAUCUCACUUGUUUAAUUAGCUUGCGUUAAAAAUCAAUGCCACGGGACGAUUUCAAGGGUUCAAAUGUGUAGCAUGGUGUACAGCUGUAUUCUAAAGAGAUUUACUGCUUUUUUAGAUUCUGUUUUUGGCAGGCAAGGUGACACCAUUUAACUGAAUGAAAAUGUCCUAAGGUACAGGCUGUGGAGUGAACAUCAAAAUUAAUCUUUGUAGAAACCCCAGAACCUCAGACUGAGCACCCUACUAUGGCCAGUGGGGGCUCGGGCAGGUCUGGCAGUGAGAGUUCCAGCUCCCUGAGCGUUAGCUCCCAACUGAGGAGAAGGUUGUCGUCCGUUUCCGACACCUGCAAGGGCAAGAUGCAGCUGGUGGCCGACCUGCUGCUGCUGUCCAGUGAGACGAGGCCCGUCCUCACCAGCGAGGGGCUCUCCGUGGCUGAGACCUUUGAGCAGUGCCGGGACACGGUUAUCGCCCGCACCAAGGAGCUGUCCAUCCUGACACAUGACAUACAGAGCCAGCUAAAUAUGGGCCGCUUUGCCGAGGUGGGGGACCGUCUCCUGGAGAUGGGAGACCUAGUGGUCUCGCUGACUGAGUGCUCCGCCCACGCUGCCUACCUGGCUGCCGUGGAGAUGCCAGGCUCCCAACCCGCCCUCCCAGGCCUGGUGGACCGCUACAAGGUGACACGCUGCCGACACGAAGUGGAGCAGAGCUGUAGCGUGCUCCGGGUCACGGCCCUGGCCGAGUUGACCCCCCAGCUCCUCCUGGAAGUGUCGCAGAGCAUCUCCAGAAACCUGAAGACGCUGACCGAUGCCUCGGUUCAGGCCAGUGACAGGUCCAAGGAUCGCUUUGCCAAAGACCAGUUUAAGUUGGGUGUCAAGUGCAUGAGCACGAGCGCCACGGCACUGCUGGCCUGCGUGAAGGAGGUGAAGACGUCGCCAAGUGAGCUGACGAGGAACCGCUGCGUGCUCUUCAGCGGGCCGCUGGUACAGGCCGUGCAUGCCUUGGUCGGCUUCGCCACCGAGCCGCAGUUCCUGGGCCGGCCGGCCUGCGUGAGCCCCGAGGGCAAAGCGGUGAUGACAGCCGUGCUCGGCGGGGCCAUGAGUGUCGUUUCUGCCUGCGUCCACCUGUCCCAAGGCCUCAGGGACAUAUCCCAGCUUCCAGAAAACAGCACCAAGAUGGCCGACUACCGGGAGCGCCUGCGGAACUCUGCAUCUGCUGUGUCGGAUGGCUGCAAUCUUCUCUCACAGGCACUAAGGGAACGGUCUUCCCCACGGACUCUGCCGCCAGUCAACUCCCAUUCUGUGAAUUGAACCCUUCUCAGUGUAAGCAACCUUUACUUCCUGACCGCAAUCCCGUAUGCCAAAGAGACUGGGUCCGCCCCUUUCCCAGGCCGCCCUGGGGCGGUCGGCAGACUUGAGGUGUUCUCACACUGGUUGUGAUUGAAUCCUUUACAAAAACAGCCCAGUGACCCUGGUGAGAAUCUGUUGUCGAUCCUCCCACCUUUUCCUUUUUUCGUCGGAAUAAGGAAUUAAACCCGGAAAAGUUUACCUCAGUUUCAGAUGGAUGUAGCCUCACUCGUUUGACCUAUGACACGGUGAUCCAUGGAAGUAAUUGAGCUGUGUAAAUGAGGUGGGGGCGGGACCGCCAUGCCCCGCGUUCUGAUCCAUGUGUGAAAUUUACCGGAUAAACGCUGCUGUCAGUGUUUCACACUAUUUACCAGAUUUACUAGUCUUUCUAAUGUGUUUUGUUCAUGCAUGUAUCGGAGUAUUUAUUUCAAAUAUUAAAAAUGUUGUUUCUCAUA